GCAGCUGAAUUAAAGAUAAUUUUGGUUUAUUUGGAACUGAAAAUAAGGUCAAUAUUAUUGGUUAAUUAAAAAUCUGUUGAAUAACCUGACUUGUUGAAGGUGAAUCUUGGUUGAGCACGAAAAAAAACAAAAAAUUUGUCUUCAUGAUACAUGACAAACUGCUGUCAGUUUUAAUUGUUGUCAAUUGUCUGUUGAUACAUCAUAUGUGUCAAAACAGCUUAAUGUUGCCAUGAUUUUCAUCAUUAAUUUUAAUUAAUGGAGAAGGAAAACUGGAAUGAUAAAAUAGCAUCUGAAGAGAGAGAUUAUAUUGAAAACAAUAGAGUUAAUACACAAUGAAUGAGACAAUUAAUCUCUCUGGUAGUGAAUAAAGUCCUAACCAGCAUGCAACUGUAAUUUGAUAUUAAAUUAACUGUAGAUCAAUUUCCUGAUUAGUUUUAGAGUUGAUGUUUUUAAUUUUUUCAAUCUUAACUAAAUGCCUAAACUGAGUAAAUCAAUAUGUCCUAAAUUACUGAUUCCCCUAAAAUUUUGGAAAUAUCAUUCAAAAAGUAAAAUCAAAUCCAAUAUGGAUAAAGAGUUUGCAGAUUUUUUGGUUGAUGUCGCAGCAAGUAACAUUGAUUCAACAACAAUCAUCAUCAAUGUAGACGAAAUAGUGAAAAAAAUUGUGCGUUGGUCCGAAAAAAUGGCUGAAAUAGACCCUUUCUACUUCGUCCAAUGUAACCCUCAUCCAUUGAUCAUAUCAAUCAUGUCAGCGUUCAACAUAUCCUUUAGCUGUUCAUCAGUUGCUGAAAUUGAACGAGUUUUGUCCAUUUCAGAAAAAUCGCGAAUCAUCAUUUCUAGUUUACACAAAACUCAAGAUCUUUUGAAAAGCUCAAGCAAAUACAACAUCGAGUUUCUAGCAGCUGAUUGUGACUUCGAGCUUCUCAAAAUUAAAUCAAUGGCUCCUAAAGCAAAUGUGUUGCUUCGACUUCAAAUGCCUCGAAAACGAAGUGAAAAAAUGGGCCUUGAAAGUCUACCAACCACCAAAGAUUUAAAGUAUGGACUAUUUAGUCGAGCACAAAUUGACAGAAUGUUUCACAUCGCGAAAGAGUCCAGCAUUGAAAUUACUGGAGUUACAUUCAAUGUUGGUACAAACUGUCAAGACCCUGAGCUAUUUGAUUUGGCAGUAGAUGAGGCAAUUAAAUUGUUUGAUAUUGGACUGGCGAAGCAAGUUGAUAUGUGGCUAUUGAACAUCGGCGGUGGUUUUCCGAGCACUUUUAUCAGUCAAUCGGAAAACGAUUACUUUUCAAAAAUGUCUCGUGUCAUUGAAAAGGCGCAGCGAAGGGAAAAGAUCAAGAUUAUUGCUGAACCGGGAAGGUAUUUUGUUGAGUCUUCUGUUUGGCUUAUGGUUCGCAUAAUUGGUAAAAGAGUGAUUGAAAGCAUCAACGGUGAUCAAUAUUGCCAUUAUCAUGUAAACGAAAGCAUCUUUGGUUUGCUUUCAGUUUAUGCCAAUAGAGAGUCACUGCCUCCACCUCAUCCCUUUUAUGAUAAACAAUCCCCACGCAAUUAUGUUAGUACAGUCAUUUGGGGUAAAAAUGGUUCCACCGAUGAUUUAAUUAUGUCUGACAUUGUUUUACCCGAACUGGUAAUUGGUGAAUAUUUAGCCUUUCAACAAUGUGGUGCCUAUCUGCCUCAUACCAAUUUAACGGGUUUACCAAACGAUAAAGAUUCUCAGCCAACAGCCAAAUAUUUCGCCUCACAAAAAACGCAAUCGAUUCUGAAAAAUAAAGGAGUCAUUUGGAGUGAUUUAAUGAAGAAAUUGGAAAGUUAUGAUUGGGAAAGGAAGAUUUUACUUACAUGAACCAAAUUUACUUUGAUCAUCUGAAUAUAUGGACAAUCAGACAAAUGAAUUAAGCUCAAAUAAGUUAACUGUAGUUGUAUAAAUAACUAAAUUCAAUAAAAAUAUUGUAUAAACUGAA